AGUAUAGGGUAUAAUAGCAGCAGAUCCGCAUCAGGGGAAGUCUCCGGUCCCAGUCAGUCUCCGGUCCGGGGGCUCGUCCCCGACACAGUGUCGAGAGAGGCAUAGAGCGAGCCAUGGGUGGGGAAAAUCAAUAAGAAAGCGCCGCCGUUCAAAAGCCCCUCGCCGUCUUCUAUAUACACAAUACUUCCACUCUCUCACUCUCUCUCUCUCUCUCUCACUCUACUCUAUAUACUUCAAAGCUGCUCCAUAAUCUAUAUACACCCUACUGCAGCUCAAGUGUCGAUAUUCACGGUUCCAGUCAAAUACUCGGCCUGACGUGUGCAUCAGCGCAGUGCAGCACCUGCAUCCUUUCACUGUGGCCGUGUAUGUACAACAUUGCCAGUUUUAGGUUAGCUCACCUGCUGCGAGAGACCCACGGCAUUUUACAAUGCAGAGAAAGAAGCGCGGGAGUGGAGGAAAGCAGGCAGAGAUUUGAGAGGAGCUGGAGGAGAGAUUCAAUGGGAGCCAGGACAGUGCAACAGCUGUGUUGAUGGGAAAAUGUCAAGGUCGUUGAUGCCCACCUCUUGACAGUUGGAACAAUCAGCCAGGAUGAGUCCACGGAAGCUGUGCUGGCUCCUGCCCCUGAUGCUGCUGCUGCUGCUCGAUGCAGCUGGGUCCACGCACAUCAGCGGCAGCUUCAAUACCAAGGAUUUCUUCAAGUUCCUCAUCAAGUUUGGGUUCCAGAAGACCGAUCAGCACAGGCAGAAGGAAACCUACGGCUACAUAUUUGGGAACAUAACCUCAAGAACCAACUUCUCUCAGAAUAUCACUCUGGCCGUGCUCGAUCGCAGUCACUUUCUCGAGUAUUAUGGAAAUCGAACUAUUAGGAGUAAGAAUCUUGCGUGUGCCAUGAUGUUCAAGACGCUCAACCAGAGCUCUUACGAUUCUAAAUGCAACGAUGAUGGUCAAGAUUACUUAAGACGAGUACCUUGUCCUAAAGGAAAAUUGUGCCCAGAUGAGAAUCUACCUUGGAAUGUUGUCAAAGGAAAUCAAUUUACGUAUAUUAUUCAAGAUAUCUUUCAGCCACGUUUUUGGUAUAUUAGUUUAGUGGCUUGCUAUAGGAAUACCACAACUUGCAAAUGGGAGUAUUAUGAUAAACACGAUGAGCUGGACUACGACAUUUGGCUUGUCAAUGGAAAUCCAAAUAACAGUGGUUUAAACAGCCUCAUCUAUCAGUUCUCCUACGAUAGGCAGAACACUAUUGAACUGUACUUGUUGUUCUUUGUGUGUUAUAUGAUCUUAGUGCCGCUACAGUUGUAUGCAGUGAGAUUACAAAGACAUCCUGUUACAAGGCUCUUUACAGCAAGCCUUCUUCUAGAAUUUAUGGCCCUAUGCUUGAUUCUGAUACACGUUUUGAAAUUUGCACUUGAUGGCAUUGGAUAUGAGCAGUUAGAAGUUGCUGGUGAUAUACUGGAUAUCCUAUCAAGGACCUCGUUCAUGUUGCUGUUACUUCUACUGGCAAAGGGCUGGGCAGUAACUAGACAAGAAUUGACCUGGAAGCCUUUAGUGUUUGCUAUAUGGCUUUGUUAUGGAGUUGUUCACAUCUUGUUAUACAUUUGGAAUAUGACGGAAGUCGACAUAAUCGAAGAUAUUGAUGAGUAUCAAACAUGGCCAGGUUGGUUCAUAUUGUUUUUCCGCAGUACAAUUAUGAUCUGGUUUUUGUACGAGCUCCGUAACACGAUGACAUACGAACACAAUACUCAAAAAUUGAACUUCUUACUUCACUUUGGUGCAUCUUCAUUAGUGUGGUUUAUUUACCUUCCUAUCAUAGCUCUUAUAGCUCUCCAAGUCAGUGCAUUAUGGAGGUUUAAGCUUCUUCUCGGUAUUACGUACUCGGUUGACUGCUUCGCUUACUGCGUGAUGGCCCACCUGCUCUGGCCGACGCGGAGCGAGCAGUACUUCCUGCUCGCCCAGGGCGCUGACACCGGCGACGAGCUCGACGAGUUCAACGAGGCGCCGCAUGUAUUGAAUAAUUACGUUGAACCCCCCGAGCUCAGCAAAGUGAUAGUCUAGACUCUUUAGGUCAAAUCUUCAAGGGAUAAAUAUAUACACAAAAGAAAGUCAUCUGUUAUGGACUGAGCUCUAUCACAAGAACGAAAAAUGUUAUUUUCGCCUUCACGUACGUACUAGUUAUUAAUCCGUACAGAGGCAAGGAGAAAUUCUAAUAUUUUAUUUACUUGAUUGAGAUACAGAGAGAGAGAGAGAGAGAGAGAGAGAGUGAAGGAGGCAAAGAGCAGGCACUUAAAUUAGUAAAAGUUAGCUUCUUCAAUAUUUUUUCGGGCGGCGUGUGUAUACGCAACCAUCUUUAUCGUGUUAUUAUAUAUAGUUUUGAUGAUUACUAGCUGUUUUAAGGAUUAAUUAUUGUAUUAAAUUAGUUUAUUGUAAUGUAUCCAUUAUGUUUCAAACAAAUAUUUUUAUAAAGAAAAAUUGUUUAAAUAUGUUUAAAUUAAAAUUAUCUUGAGAGGAAAAUUUUAGCAAACUUCUAAGUGAACUUUUUUCUAUAAUAAUGUGUAACAAAGUACAAAGAUUUUAUUCAAAAUCUUAAUUAUUUGCAUAAUUUGUUAAAAAUUCAUAAUAGUCAAUAUUCGUGACAUUGCUCAGUCGAUAACGAAUUAUCUCAGAGUUCACUUAGAGUAUUAAGGACAUUACCUAGUAAUAUAUAGAAAAGUGACGAGUCGUAACGUUGAUUUUCGCUCAACAAAGAACAAAUGAGAUUAUUUGCAAAAGAGAAGAGAGUUGAUUGCAACGCAAAGCUGAAUAAUACUAUGCAACGACAAUGUGAUGUACAUUUGCCAAAAGGGUGAAAUUUUUCGAGUACUGCGAAAGAGAUACUUUGUGCUUCUUGAGACUGAUGUAAUUUGUACUCCUUUGAUAUCGAUUUCUAUUCGACGAGUUUACGACGAUUCUGAUGAAACGAUUUCGCUUAAAGUUCAUACUCUUAACGUAAAAGCGAAAAAAACAAAUCAAAUGAAAAAAUAAUUAUACAUAGUAUAUGCAAUUUAUUUGGUUUAUUUUCGUACUAUGAAAAUUUUCGAGAUCGUUAUUAUUAUCAAAUGAAUUCUACUAAUGCACAUCAACCCACGAGAUGUUUCCAGAAUUAAACCUGAAUUUCAGUAUUAUGGUUUUUUUUAUAAAAUGGUCAGUUGUCAUUUUCACCCGUUAUUAAACCGAAAUUCGAUGUUUUCUUUAGUUGCUGUUGUAAAGUGUAUAAACAUCAAUUAAUUUUUCUAAAAAAAAUAUCUGCACAAAAAUUAAA